UCUCUCUCUCUCUCUCUCUGCAGGUCACUGAUAGGUCGGUGCGGGCGUUUGCGGAGCACUGUCCCGAGCUGCAGUUUGUGGGGUUCAUGGGGUGCUCGGUCACCUCCCUCGGAGUCAUCCACCUCACACGGCUGAAGAACCUGAGCAGCCUGGACCUGCGGCACAUCUCUGAGCUGGACAACGAGACGGUGAUGGAGGUGGUGAAACAGUGCCGGAGCCUGAGCUCCCUCAACCUCUGCCUCAACUGGAGCAUCAACGACAGGUGUGUGGAGAUCAUUGCCAAGGAGGGGCGGAGUCUUAAGGAACUCUACCUGGUGUCUUGCAAGAUCACCGAUUACGCUCUGAUAGCCAUUGGGAAGUACAGCAGCACCAUAGAGACGGUGGACGCUGGCUGGUGUAAGGAGAUCACGGACCAGGGCGCCACCCAGAUCGCCAAGAGCAGCAAGUCCCUGCGCUACCUGGGUCUGAUGAGGUGUGACAAGGUGAACGAGGAGACGGUGGAGAGGCUGGUGCAGCAGUACCCCCACAUCGUGUUCAGCACAGUGAUACAGGACUGCAAACGCACACUGGAGAGGGCCUAUCAGAUGGGCUGGAACCCCAACAGCUCCAGCGCCUCGUAGCCCCAGCUAACACACACUGUACACACACUAUACACACACACACACACACUAUAUACACUAUAUAUACACACACACACACACUGUACACACACUAUACACACUAUAUAUAUACACACACACACACACACACACACACACACUGUACACACACUAUACACACUAUAUAUACACACACACACACACACACACACUGUACACACACUAUACACACUAUAUAUACACACACUAUACACACUAUAUAUAUAUACACACACACACACACACUGUACACGCUAUACACACACACCCGCUAUAUACACACACACUCACACUGACACACGCUAUAACACACACACACACCACACACCAUCACAUACAAACACACACACGUGCUAUACACACUAUACAUAAAUGGACCCUCACUCACACACACACACACACACACACACACUAUAUACACACACAAAAGCCAGGUUGACUCCUGGCUUUUACACAUUUUCCUUUUUACUUUUGCUUUGUUUUGUUUCCUAGUUUGAAGUUUGAAGUCUGUACUUAGAUCUGUUUUUCAUACAAACACACACUCAUGUACUCACUCAUACACACACACACACACACACACACACACACGAUACACUGAGCUGUAGGGAUUGUGUGACUGCCUGUAGGGCGUGUCGGGUUCCAGAGUGAUUCUCCCCUCCGGACGUUCCCCUGGCCUCCCACGCUGAUUCGUGAAGACCCCGCCGAAGAGCACGGAGAGCGCGGGACGGGGAGCGGGACGGGGAGCGGGACGACCAGGACCGCCGGUGCGUCUGUAAUCAUGGGGUCCGGACCCAGGACAUCCGAACUCUCCUCCGUCGGGACGAUGGACACACUCUCCGGUUCUCCUGCGCCUCCAGCCCUCAGACACACACCUUUUCAUACUACAGUGAAUCUGGCAGCAUAAACUGGCUCUUGUGACUUGGGGGGGGGAUUGGGGGGGUGACAUUUUGGGGUUGGGGAAGAAAGAACGGGCGUUUCCCAGUCGGUGCCCCGUGCAACACUCAACAGCUUCUCAGCAGGUCCAGAUAAACGCAAAGUGGAGGGGUGGAGGGGGCGGGGGUGUUUUGAGAACCAGUGGGAAUAAGCACCCCCAUUUUGAAGCGUCCUGAGCUCCUUACCGCCCCAUCUGAUUUCGGGGCAUUAUGGCAAAGAUUUCUGUGUGGUGUUGUUAUCCUUAAAAAAAAAAAAGAAAAAAGAAAGAAUUUAACUCAAUACAUGGUAGCAGGGUGAAGUUUGGGAGCAUGGUGGAUGUUUUGUAAUACCCGCUAUUGUUUAUUGUUUUGUUUUGUUUUGUUUUCUUCGUCUGAGAAACUAUUUGCUAUUAUUAUCAUUAUUAAUAAUUUCCUAUUGCGUUUAUGUGAUGUGUAGUUUGGGUUUGUUGUUCAUUUGUAAGGUAACUUACAGGGGUUCCACACGGGUGUGUGUCCGUGUGGAAUUAUUCGUAACACAACAUACGAACCUUAUACACAUACUGUAUAUAAACACAUAUACAAUAUUAGGUCUGUAGCCUCUGCAUUUCUGUCUUUCUCCGGAAUGGAGCAGAGAGGGAGCGAAUGGGAGGGUUUCAGUCUUUUUCGACUCGAACCCCGCCCUCAUGACCUCUGUGUUCUGUGGCCGGUCAGUAAUACACUCUUAUGCAAGUAACCAGGGUAUUUUUCUAUAGAGUGAAAUGACAGAGACUUAGUGGACUUGUACCUGUUCAACCAGAUCAUAAUUUUCUGAUAAUAAUAAUAAUAGUAGUAAUAAUAAUAAUAAUAAUAAUAAUAAGGACUUAAAACAAGAGAGAUGACUCUGGUCUUCAGUACCAGUGGAAUGUUUUCGAAUACUUUUAGGUUUUUUUGAAAUGAUAAAAACAAAAGAACGAAAGAAGAAAAAAAAAAAGAAACCCAUGCGUUGUCUGCCGUGUUUCGUGACUUGUAGACUGUUUUAAAAACGACGUCCGUUUGUUUCUUUCCCUCCUUUUCCUCCCUCCCCCUUUCUUUUCGCACGCUUUCAUUUCCGCUGUUCGGCGGCUCCUGCGUUUCCCGGGUUUUUUGUGAAGGACGAAAAAAACGCGAAAGGCUGUCGAACGUGAAUAAAAACACUACCGCCCUUUCAUUCUGUUUUUCUUUUUCUUUCUUUCUUUCUUCUCUCCUCUGCCUUUCCUUCCUGCGCUCGGCGUAAGAGCCGCUUAUAAGGGGGUGUGGACAGAACGCUCGGCGGUCGCCGCGCCGACCGUUUCUUCAGCGAAUGGGACGUAAGAGGAGAGGGUCUCCUCAGACAGAUUCCUGGGGGGGGCGGUGGAAUAACACGACCCCGCCCCCCCCACACGUGUACCUAAUCUCACAAAUGUUCCUUACUCCCCCCCUCCCUCUCCUUGCCACUAUGAACAUAACCGCACAAAUGCUCAGGCAAAUUAACGACAAUAAAGUAAACAAACUUAUAGUCUAUCUGUAGGUUUCUUAAAGGGCUAUAGAUAAUUUAAGACCCCCUGUGAAAGUGGGGUUAGGGGGGGCUGGGGCGAGGGGGGCGGGGGGGUGGAGUGAGCGUGUCACAAGAGUGCAUCAUAGCCCCGCCCACUCUGCUCCCCAGUACACCAGAGAACACUGCCUCGUAUUAUGAAUUUUGAAGGAUGCAAUACCAUGGGGUUGCAGAGAGAGAGAGAGAGGGAGGAAGGGAGAUGGAGAGUUGUAGAAUUGCUUCAGUUCACACCAUUCCAUAAUACUACCCUAUCUUUCCCCUAGUGAUACCUUAAAGUUACUUUAAUGUUACCUUUAUGUUAGCCUAAGGUUACCGCUGUGUUAUCCCAGGGCAUCGCCAGCUGCUUCUUGGCAGUGAUAACGGAAGGCGUAAAAACAUCUCUGGCUUUUGGCAGAUUUCGCUUUUUGUUUUCCUUGUUCUUUUCGUGUUUGUGUGUGUGUGUGUGUGUGUGUUUGUGUGCGCGAGUGCUAGAGGGACUGUCACUUGUUUGAUCUUUGUGGAGUUUUUUUUGUUUCAAGUGUAAUCAGCCUUCAAUAAAAGGGGAGAGAAAGAG